AGUGAGAACCCGCCUUCAGAAACCCCCUAACUGACAUUUUUAGGCAAACUUAGAUUUUAACUGGAACUUAUAUUUUAAACGGUUCUCCAUCCAUUUUAUGCAGAAACCCCGCUAUAUCUAAGCACCUUAUCACAUUUUCGACGUAUGUUACCAUAACGUGUAGUGCAGAAACCCCGUAAGUGCAGCACUUACGGAGUUUCUGCUUUACACUUUGACGUCAAAGAUUUGACAUGAGAUACUGCUGUUUACAUUUCUUUUUAAGGUUAUGAAUUCAGUAGACAAUGUCACAAUAUAAUUAUAUAAUUAUUAUUGUUGCUAAAUAAAAGCUAAAAUGGUGAGUGAUAGUGAAAUUGAAGAGCAAGCUACAAAGAAGAGGAAGAAAGGCCUUAAACAAGUUGAGUAUCAAAGAGACAUUAUAAAAAAGGCAAGAGUGAAAGGAACAGCAUAUAUAAACUACAAAGGAAAAUUAAUUCCCCAAAAGGAAAGAGGCAUGCCUUGCAGUUGCAAAAUGAAAUGUUUCGAUAAAGUGGAGUUAGGUGACCAAAAUGAACUUUUGAGCAAAUUUAGGCAAUUUGAAAGUAAAAACGAACAAGACGCAUUUCUUCAAAAUUUAAUUCGAGUUGUGCCUGUAAAACGACCGAAGAAAAUUCCUAUAACAGGUCAACGCCGUGGAAACUCGUUCCAAUACACAGUAUCAUGUAGUUCUGGAUCUACAAUUGUUUGUAAAAAAGCUUUCUUAGCACUAUUUGCUAUAACAGAUGAUCGAGUUAGACGUCUUUGUAAUUUACUUGCUACUGGAAAGUCUCCAAUCGACAAACGUGGGCAAGGUAUAUCAGGGAAUGCCAUAAAGGGUGAAGUUGUAAAGCUUAUAGAGGACCACAUAAAUUCUUUUCCAGUGCGCGAAGCACAUUACACGGGGCGCACAUUCAAGUACUUUUCUGAAAAAUUGGAUGUGAAAACUAUGCAUAUGCUUUUCACUGAAAAAUACCCAAACCAGAAAUGCAAUUACUAUUUUUAUUUAAAAAUUUUUAAAGAAAAAUUCUCUCUAUCGUUUGGAAGACCGCAAGUGGACACAUGUUGUCAGUGCGAAGCUCUAGAUAUUAAGAUGAAAAGCAAAUCGCUUAAUGAAACCGCUAAACUUGCAGCAAAAGCCGAAAAAGAGGUCCAUGAAAGACGGGCCAAAAAAUUUCAUAAGAAAAUGAAUGAAAUCAAAGAACUCUGCUUGCAGGAUGACUCUCAUGGAGCAAUAUGCAUAGACUUUAUGCAAAACUUAAUGUUACCAAAUAUUCCUGUUCAAGAGGUGUUUUACCUUCACCAGCUGACAGUUAAUGUUUUUGAUAUACAUGAUUUAACCACUGGCAAUGCUAUGUUUUAUGUGAAUCACGAAGGCAUUUCGAGGAAAGGUUGCAAUGAUGUUUGCUCAUUUCUAAUGCAUUAUAUCGGCAAUAUUUUGCCCAAGACAACAAAACAUUUGCACAUAUUUUCAGAUGGGUGUGCAGGCCAAAACAAAAACCACACGGUGAUUCGCUUGUGUGAUACAGUGUGUACUAAUAAUUGAACAAAAAAAGGUAUUUUCUUGAAGUGAAAUUAUUG